CGAGUCCCUGAGGCACGGAGAUGAAAUUCCCGGCCUCGGUGAUAGCGUCCGUGUUCCUGUUCGUGGCCGAGACGGCGGCGGCGCUCUACUUGAGCAGCACCUACCGCUCCGCAGGGGACCGCAUGUGGCAGGUGCUGACGCUGCUCUUCUCCUUGAUGCCCUGCGCCCUGGUGCAGUUCACGCUUCUCUUCGUCCACCGCGACCUUAGCCGCGAUCGCCCACUGGCGCUGCUCAUGCACCUGCUCCAGCUCGGGCCCCUGUACAGGUACGUGUCGAACCCACCACCGACCGUGAGAUUUGACAGUGCUCUUUCUCUUCUCUCUUCAGGCAUCAUCAUGACCUUGUCCCUGCUGUCUAUUGUCUAUGGCGCCUUACGUUGCAACAUCUUAGCCAUCAAAAUCAAGUAUGAUGAGUAUGAGGUCAAAGUCAAACCCCUGGCUUAUGUCUGUAUCUUCCUCUGGAGAAGCUUUGAGAUUGCCACUCGAGUCAUCGUCCUGGUCCUCUUUACCUCUGUCCUGAAGAUCUGGGUGGUGGCAGUCAUACUCGUCAACUUCUUCAGCUUCUUCUUAUACCCCUGGAUCGUUUUCUGGUGCAGUGGCUCCCCAUUCCCUGAGAACAUAGAGAAGGCCCUAAGUAGGGUGGGUACCACCAUCGUGCUCUGCUUCCUCACUUUACUCUAUGCUGGCAUCAACAUGUUCUGCUGGUCAGCUGUCCAGCUGAAAAUUGACAAUCCGGAGCUCAUCAGCAAGUCCCAGAACUGGUACCGCCUGCUCAUUUACUACAUGACGAGAUUCAUCGAGAACUCCGUCCUCCUGCUCCUGUGGUAUUUUUUUAAAACUGACAUAUACAUGUAUGUGUGUGCACCUCUGUUGAUCUUGCAGCUGCUCAUUGGGUACUGCACUGGCAUUCUCUUCAUGCUUGUGUUCUAUCAGUUUUUCCACCCUUGCAAAAAGCUCUUCUCCUCCAGUGUUUCUGAAAGCUUUAGGGCACUUCUCAGGUGUGCCUGUUGGUCCUCCCUGAGGAGAAAAUCCAGCGAGCCAGUAGGAAGGAUAGACACAGACUUAAAGGCAUGCACAGAGCAAGAUGUAAUGCCUACUACCAGUAAAGUGAUCCCCGAAGCCACUGACAUCUGGACUGCUGUUGAUCUGUGCUCUGCUUAAUGAGACCUGAGGCUUCUGACAAGUAAUGAGACUUCACACACAUCAUGAGCCCUGCACAGGGACUAAGGCAUGAAGUUAGCUGUCAGUUCCCUGUGAGCUGCUACCUUUUAUAAACCCCUUGGAUUUGAGGCAGCUUUGAGAGCAUUAAAGAAGCCUACUACCCCACAGUUUGUUUCGCAUUUGACUCUGUUCUGUUCUUGCAUCCUCACUGGCCCUUUCAUUGAUUGACACAGUAUACCUGAAGUUUCAGUUGAGCUGGUCAUACUCAUCAUUAGAAUGAAGAGAAAUGCUCGUUUUCUAGUUUCUAGCCUGUUGUCUCAGUAGCCUAAUGCUUUACUACUACUGAAUAUAGCUUUAUACAAGAGUCACCAUGAUAGCUGGGAUAGGUUCCUAGGGAUUUUACAACUUUGUUCCAAUUAUAGCUUAUAGGAGAGCUAUUUAAGUUUGUUUUAUUGGUAUGUUCCAUUUUCACCUCACUAAGACUUUUUAUAGAUAACCAACUAUAGCCACUCUGGCAUGCAAUGUGCAUUUUGUUUCCAAGGCCUAGAUUUGGGACUUUAUUAACUAGGAUCCAUUGGUACAGUUUCUUAGGAAAGCCACAUUUCAUUCCACAUGUUGAAGAAAGUAGGGAUCAGGAUCGAUUGGGACAACUGUUAGAACAUCAAAAACGAUGGAAGCUCAUACAAAUAUCUAAAUGUUUAAAAUAUGAAUUGGUCAGAAGGUAGGCUUCAUUCUCCUCAUAAUUCAGGCUUGUCCUAUAAUUCUGAGAAAUUUCUAGUAGAAUUUUCUAAGAUUAAUAUUUUAAGAAGGAAGAAAAUAAAACUAGCAGUCCUCACCUCUAUCUUUCCCUUCCUUGCAUGCCAAGCAAGUUUUAAACAAGACUUAACCUCAGUUCAUUUGCUGUUGUUUCUAGAAAGCCCUAUAGAAAUCUGUUCCCUGAUGCAAGUAUAUAGGACAUUUUAUUUUUCACAAUUUUAAGAAAAGAAGUGUUUUCCUCACUACCAUCCUUAGUUAGAAAUGUUGAACUUAGAAACUUUUUAAGUUAUAGAAAGUAAUGAAAUGAUCAGAAGUUUUUGUUCCUCAUGAAAUCCAUUUUGACUUGAUAGCAGUUCAUUUUCAUGAGAUAUUCAGUUUUGUCCUCCACACCAUUUCAUCUAAUGAAUAAUUUCUCUCUCAUCUGGAACUAUUUAUUUUAAUUUAAAAGGGUUGGAUAGAAUAUUGUCAGUACUCUGACAAAGGUGCCAGCAAGCAAUGCUAUGAUCUCUACCACUAAAUGUGGAUGAUGAAAUGUCUACAAACAAGUGACCAUGAAAUUCACACCAACUUAACAUGAAAAUUGUAACAAAAUGCAAUGCAUUUCCAAAGGUACCCCUAUUUGCGAUUCCAUGGGAUAGAAUAGAUAUUCAAUUUUCUGACCACCUAAAUACAUAAAACACAUUUAUCUGGCCAUCAUACUCCUCAUAAUUGCUUUUUAAAAACUCUUUUGGUAUCAAAUUGAUGAGAAAUUUCAUAAACAAAUGAACAUUCAGCUUGGUAAGUAUUUUACUAUAGUAGAGGAUUCGUAAAAUAGUAAGUAUUCUUUGAUGUGUCAUUCACACUGUUAAUCUUUGUACCAUUUUGUAUGCACACAUUUCAGUAAGGUUCCGAACCACAGAGCAUCUGUUUUUCUUUCCUGAAAUAUUUUUCCUCAUUUGUACUUCUGUUUUGCCAGGAUUUAUGGUUUACCUGUAUGAGAAUGCAUAGGCAGUCCAUCAUUUUUGAUCACUUUUAACAUAUAGAAGUCAAAUUGAUGUUUGUCUAUGUUUGCUGUUGACCCCUGUAUCACUUUUCCUGUUUUUAAUACAUCUAGAUCUAGUUAGUGUACAUCAUCAAAGUGAUACUUUAUAUAACAGAUAAUUCUUUGUACUUUUCUUGCUCAGAGGUAAAAAACUGUUGAAAAUACAUAGCAAGUACAGGGAAAGUAAAGGGAAAACAAGCUUAAGAUGCUAAAGCACUCCUCUUUGGGUCGUUUCCUAGUUUAAGAAGUCCAAAAUGAUUGAAAGGGUAGGAAGAGCAUCCCUAGGUCAUCCUAAAAUGCUCUUCUCUGUCACAUCAUUUCCUUAUGUUUACAGGCACCAGGUGUUUUCAGUCUUUAAUGUGAAGAAAAUCCUUUCCUUGAAGCUUUCCAGUGACUGAGGGGAGAGAUGGUACCCAUUUCCAAUUUCAGGGCAGGCCUUGAGAGUGAGACCAGCGCCACUCUGACACUUCCUAGGCAGGUUCAGAAUUAGACAAUGGUAAGGAUACUUGUCUUUUCCCAGCCUUGGUUUAGAAGCAUGACCCAGAAAUGCUUUUAAACUCUUAAUUUUCAAAUAUAUUGUAAGCCCCUUUACCAUAGUCAGUUGGUAAGCAUCUUGAAUGACCUCAAACCAAACUAACUAGCAGUGAUAAACUAUCAGACACCAAAGGCCCACCCAGGUCCCGCUUUAUAAAGACAGGUGUUUUUUAUUUUUUAUUUUUAACUAAUUAGAUAUUAUUUCAGUCUCUUGGUAAGUAGGCUUUUUCCUUGUGCAGUCCCACAAGCUUACUUAAUUAUUCUAUGCCUCCAUUUCCUAACUUACCAAAUUAACAUGAUAUGAUAUACUAUUCCAACUUACCUCACAAACUUUUUGGAAAGAUUUCACUAAAUAAUAGACACAAAAAUAUUUCAAAGUCCCAUCAAGAGUUAUUAUAUUACUCAAGUCCAUAAACUGGUUAUUGUUUGUGGUUUGGUUUGGUUGUCUCCCCGACUGAUAUGACAUAAGUAGUUUCAUCCACAUCAGUCUUUAGUGAAUGCACAGGUCUUUGGGCUUCACUGCAGUUGCCCUGUCUUACCAUCAGUUAAUUACAGAAAUUAGUACUCAGGGCAUGUGCGAUGGCUCAGCCGGGGAAGGUUCGUGCCACCAAACCCAACAACCCAACUUCCAUCCUUGGGACCUACAUGAUGGAAGGAAAGAAACAGUUCCCACAGCUGUCUGAUUUCUAAAAGCAAACUAUGGUGUGUGUAUGCAUGUAUGCAGACUCACACAACACACACACCACAAACACAUACCACAAAUACACACACACAGACACACACACACACACACACACACACACUUAAAAAAUAAAAAAAAAUUAAAAUAUCCCCUAAAUGCUUAGUACUUGGUGAGAAAAAAAGACCCAGUGGGUCUCAGAAUUUGCUUCUGAUAGCAAAUAAGUUUAUUGUCUUCAUAUUAUCCUUUAUAAAGAAUGUAACAGCAUCUUUUGAUAAUUAUACAUUACAACUUAAAUGGCUGAUUUGAAGCAUUAAUUAAAUGUGAAUGUAAUCUGUACAGUUUUGUAAACGGGAAAAUAAGCUUAGUAUUGAUUGUCUUGAAAAUGCAGCAUUUCCUUGGGAUCUGCUUUACAGCAUUGGUAUGAUUGUAUGUGCCAGUGCAUCUCAGCCAGUGGAUUGUGGGUAUGCACUUUUGUGGAUUGCUUCUCAGAGUCAUUGACUCAAAUGUUGUUUAUGUUUCUUCAUACAAUAAAUUAAUUUUUUCAA